AUGGAGAAAGCCCCUCCGCCAGGCGUUGACACAGACGCUGCGCGCCUGGCGGACAUGGGGUAUUCCCAGGAUAUGAAGCGAAACUUCUCCGUCUGGUCUGUUCUCGGCGUCGGAUUCUCUCUCACCAACUCGUGGUGGGCCGUCUCCGCCGCCCUCAUCACGGGCGUCAACUCCGGCGGACCGUGCCUGCUCGUGUAUGGGACCAUACUGCUGGCCGUCGUGUCCAUUGGUGUUGGAGUGUCUCUGUCUGAGCUCGCGAGUUCUAUGCCCAACGCCGCGGGGCAGAUCUUCUGGGCUUCCGAGUUGGCCCCUAGACGUUAUGCUCGCAUCACUUCCUACGCGACGGGGUGGUUGGCAUGGGCAGGGUCUAUAUGUGCCAUUGGGACUGUCGCCUUGUCUGUUUCAUCGGCCGUGGUUGGCUGCUACCAAUUGACUCAUCCUAAGCUAAUCAUCGAAGCAUGGCAUGUCGUUGUGGGAUACCAAGUUUCUAAUUGGUUUGUGUUUGUCUUCAACUGUUGCGGCAAAAUCCUCCCCACCGUUGCUUCUGUCUCGCUUUACACGACGCUUGUCUCUUUCGUCGUCAUUCUCGUCACGGUGCCCUCGGCAUCCGAGACGCACCAGAGCGUCGAAUUCGUCUUCACAACAUUUAUCAACAAUACCGGAUGGUCAGAGAACACCAUGGCCCUCAUUGCGGGCCUGAUUAACGUCAACUACGGAUUCUCGUGCCUUGAUACGGCAGUACACAUGGCCGAAGAAUUAGAACGUCCCGAGAAGAUGAUUCCCAUAGCCAUCAUGGGCACGGUGGGUAUCGGGUUCGUCACUUCGUUUGGAUUCAUCAUCUCCAUGCUUUUCAGCUUGACGGACUAUUCGUCUGUACUAGAGACACCCACCAUGGUGCCCAUUCUCGAGUUAUUCUAUCAAGCCUUGAGGAACAAGACAGGCUUUCUCUACCUCGGGUCUACCACCGCAUUCAACAGUGUCCUUUCGGGCUGCAUAGUCCUCCCUUACCUGUCUUGCGGCAUCCCUGUGGCCUGCCUGCUGAUUCGAGGGCGAAGUACUAUUCACCACGGCCCAUUUUGGUUGGGCUCCUUCGGACUCAUUUGCAAUAUUGUUCUCCUUGUCUGGGUCUUGUUUACCUUCGUGAUGUAUUCAUUUCCCGCCUCCAAGCCAGUGGCAUCAGACAGUGAGAAUCUCGCAGACUCCGUUCCAUUGACAUAG